AUGACAGUUAUGACGAAAGUUGAAAAGGUUGGUUUGGACUAUUUACUGUCGCGAUUGAAUGCAUCACAAAAAUUAGUUGUUCAUAUACGACGAACUCCGAAUUACAAUGAUACUAUUGAUAUUACGGUAUCGGACAAUUCUGAUGAUUCUGAUCAACCUAAUCCACUACAAGUACCUGAAAUAAUAAUUGUUAUUUCUGUACUAUUAUUAUGGUGUGUUUCGAUUAUUAUUUUUAUUCGCCAUUCAGAAUUAUUACGUAUUCGUCAUCGUGAUUUACCAACACGUCGUACUAUAGAACCGCCAAUAAGUUUAAAUCGUGUAACAUCUGUCAAACGUACGAGCGACAUGUUUAUUCAUUCGAAGUCACGAAUGUCAUCAGCGAGUAUUGUCACACCAGUAUUAAGUCGCAAUAGACUUAGUGGAUGUAUACAAAGUGAAAAAAUGGAAACAAUUUCAUUAUCAAUUCCACUAGUACCACGGAAACGACGAAGUGCGCAUUCAUUUGAUUUAAAUUCAUUACUACUUACAAAAUGUUCUUUUGAUAAAAGGGAAGAUAAAGAACUUCUACUUCAUCCAUAUCAUAUUCCAUCGGAAGUUAAACAUAGUUUACUUGAUUUACAUCGUAAGAGUAUCGAUAGUGUACAUAGAAAAAGUACGGGUAAUCUACCAUUAACAAAACGCUCAAUAUUUCAUUCAACAAAUGAUGUAUCGAAACGAAGAAAUUUUAUCAAUCAAUCUUUGAUGAUGAAAAAAAUGAGUUCACAAGAUCUACCCGUAUAA